GACAUCGUCUGGCACUAUCUCACCUUUGAGACUGAACUGCCGUCUCCUACGUCUACAUACAUACUAGAAGGGCAACAAUCUCCACCGAAGCCUCCCGAUCUUGUGAAAUACACGUCGCCUUUCGAGUGGUCGAAGCUGAGAAAGAAGCUGAUCAUAUGGGGUGCAUGCGCUGCGACUGCGAUAACAGCUUUUUCCGCCGGCUCGUACAGUCCAGGUGUAGGACAAAUGACAAAAGAAUGGCAUAUCAGCGACGUUGCAGCUCUUGUUGGGAUCACGACGUUCACGACAGGAUUCGGAGUAGCUCCGAUGGUCCUUGCUCCAUUCUCUGAGAUCCACGGUAGGAAGCCAGUCUUCCUCGUGACCGGCCUCCUCUUCGUUGUCUGCCAGCUUUGCUGUGCCCUUACGCGAUCGUACGGGGGGAUGCUCGUAGCUCGUUUCUUCCUCGGUGUUGGCGGCUCGACAUUCUCCACGAUGGUCGGAGGAGUCGUAAGUGACAUAUACCACACCGAGGACCGCAAUACGCCUAUGGCAUUAUUCUCUGGCGCAGCCCUUUUCGGAACAGGUCUGGGUCCUCUAGUGUGCGGAUGGAUCGCCCAGAACACAACUUGGCGCUGGAUAUUCUACCUUCAAACAAUAACAUGCGGUGUUCUCAUCGGUGCCGUCUCCAUUACUUUCAAAGAAACCCGAGGAAGCGUCCUGCUGAGUAGGAAGGCUAGAGCACUCAAUAAGUGGUACGAAAAUCGCGAAGAAGCCGGCUUUUAUGGCUUCAACAUGGCAGAUGCAUCCUCCAAAACCGGCUCCAUGGCCUCUCAGCGCAUUAGAUGGAAAGUCAAGUCGGACGAAGAGCGUAGCAGUUUGUCCAAGUCGAUCGGCAUAUCCCUCUAUCGUCCCUUCCACCUGCUCGUCACUGAACCCGUAGUGUUCUGGUUCUCUCUCUGGAUAUCAUUUAGCUGGGCCGUAUUAUACCUCACACUAGCCGCCAUACCUCUUGUAUUCCAGGAUAGGUACAACUUCAGCCUCGAACACGCAAAUGCAGUAUUCGCGGCAACUUGCAUCGGCGCCAUCCUCGCCACCGUGCUUUCCAUAUACCAAGAAAAGAUCGCAAAGCGGCACGGAAAGCUAGCCUCAACGCCAGAAGGCCGUCUUUAUUUCGCUUGUGUCGAGAGCGCUCUCAUGCCCAUUGGUCUCUUCAUGUUCGGCUGGACUGCCUCUGGUUCUAUCCACUGGAUUGUCCCUUCGAUUGCCAUUGCUAUUGCGACAAUGGGUAUCUUCAGCAUCUACCUCGCUGUCUUUAAUUACUUGGCGGAUACGUAUCACCGCUAUGCUUCCUCUGCGCUCGCGGCCCAGAGCUUUUGCAGAAAUAUUCUCGGUGGCAUAUUCCCGCUCAUUACGACGAAGCUGUAUCAGAAUCUGACGUACGGCGGUGCGAGUAGCUUGCUGGGUGGGAUUGGCACUGCGUUGACGCUAGUUCCUUGGAUACUAGUUUUCUAUGGUCCGCGAAUAAGAGCACGGUCGAAAUUUGCUUCA